GAGUCUGCCGGGCUCAGGCAGCACCCUGCACGGGCUUGUGCUCAGUGUUGUCCUGUCGGGCAGCCUGAAGGAUGCACAUGAGACCUGUGCUUGUGUGGGCUUUCUCCUCUCUUGCUUGUCUGUACACACUUUCUGGGAGGUCUUCCUUCCAGUAGCGGCUUCUCAGAUGGGACCUCUGAGUGUCUAUAUGAACUAGACUGAGUGUCUCUACGAACUGGCACCAUUGAAUUGGUGGAGAUAAGUGGGGGAGGGGGAGGAGCAGCAGCAUUUCAGGUGGAGGAGACAGAACAAGCAGGGGCAUGGAGGUGGGCUGGGGGCACAAGGUGGGAAGCAGGCAGGGAUGUAGGUGCAGGUGCAGACAUGCUGAGGAGUAAGACCAUGAAAGGCCUUAUGUCCUGGGACAUGCAAUUUGGACUAUAUCCUAUAAGAAACAAGAAACUACUGCAGUUUUAGAUAAGAAAUGGGGCUACAUUAUUUUAUCUGGUGGUUGUAUGAGAGGUAUAUUCGAGUGAGCCUUACUCCAGUCAGAGAAUGUGAAGUGUCCAGGAGAGAGGAGAGCCUGAGCAGAGGAAGAAGCAGGACUUGGAGAGGCGGGCAUUUGGUGCCGCGGUUAAGACAUCACUUGAGAUGCCUGCAUCAUGUAUGGGAGUUCCUGUGUUUGGGUCCUGGCUCCGUUUCCAGUUCUGGCUUCCUGCUAAUGUGCAUCCUUGAAAGGCAGCAGAUGAUAGAUCAAGUACUUGGGUCUGGGUCAUCCACGUGAGAGAUCUGAUUUGAGUUCCAGGCUCCUGGCUUUGGCCUGUCCCAGCCCUGGAUGUUGUAGGCAUUUCGGGAGUAAAUCAGAAGGACCAUCACUGUCUAUCUCUAUCUCUGCCUUUAAAAUAAAAUAAAUAGGAUUUGAAAUAAGACUGCAUAACUGAGGGAUUCAUCUGGAUGAUUCACAGUGUGCCGCACACGGGGUUAGAAACUCUUACUACAUCUUCAUGGAUCUUCAUACUACCAGGAGGUAUGAAGUUCUACCCUCAUGAACAGCAGAAAGGAAAGUUUUCCAGGGGUUUAGCUAACUUAGAUGGAUGGUAGACAGCACGCAAGCUGCAGAGCUGGGAUUCAGUGCCCAGACUGUUUCAACCGAAAGCCUCAACAUUGACCAGCAACAGUGAUUCCUACUUUUGGUGGGUGAGAGAUGUUGGGGGGUCUGGGAUCACUCUUCAGGUUUCUCACAAAGGCAAGUGAGGAAACAGACCACACAGGAGGAGAAGCAAGUAGUGGGGAGGAUGGAUUCAGUCUGAGACCCCGGUUAGUGCUGUUCAAAGAGCCAGUUUAGGGUUCUUUGUCUCUCUGUGGCCCCACACUUUCUGCUCCUGAGCUACAUAGUGGGCCUGGGAAUGCCCAGGGUUCAUGCCUCUGACUCUGUUUCCCAUUCAUUCUCCAGGGUGAGGGUGACCCAGCUCUCCCAAGAGGAAGUCCCAGCUCUGCACAAUACCCUGAGGGAGAGCAGGUCUGAGCAACCUGUGGAAGUCAUGGACUGGGGCUGGCAGGUGCCAGGGAGCAAGCUCUGUGGCUCCAAUAAAGGGAGAGAAGUGAGUGUAAACGACAGGACCCUGGCCCUUUCCCUGGUGUGACAAACCGCCCAAAGACCAACCAAUGGCAAGAAUCUGAUUUGGCCAGGCUCAGGCAGUCCACAUGCCCUCUGGUCUAGGCUGUGUGGCCAUGUUGAGGCUUCAGUCAGCAUGUGCAGCUUUCUAGAACUGUCCUGACUCUCACAGGGCCUGAUGUCACAGGUGAGGAGUGUUGGUGAGUGGGGUUGAUGAUGGGUCCUGUGGAGAGUCCAUGGGGAGGCCUUCGAUUGUCAGCCUGGUGCUUUGGUGGGCUAACACUUUCAGGCCUCUGUGGGCUCCACCUGUGUGUGGAGAGAGGGCGUGGUGGGCCCUCUGUUCUCAGAGGGUCGGGAAGGAGGCACUUUGUUCCUCAGAAACAUAACAGCACUUUCCUUCUCACCUUGCCGCAGGCUCAGGGCCAAUGGGCCAGAGAAAACAUCAAAGGAAGCCCAGGAACUUAGGGACUUCUGGCAGGGAUGUUGGAACCAAGUGUUCUCUUGACACCAGAGAGGAGACGACCAGACAACAAUGUCUUUCCUCCCAUUUUCCAACCCCCUCAGCACAGGUGCUCCACAGACUCAGUGGGACACUCCCUCCUCCCAGACUGGCCUUCAUCCAGAAACCCUUCUAGCCUCAUGUCACCUCUGGGGUGUCUUUGGUCUUGGGCAGAAGAGCUCUCCCACUCCCCCUCUCUCCCCCCCUGCCCCAGGCCAGCUGUCUUCAGCUCCUGUCCUUUAAAUGGAGCCAUCAGAGAAUCAUCAGCUCAGCCUGCUUCCUCUGUCCCCCUUGGGAAGAUCUUCUCAUCCAAGGACCAGUCAGACUUCUUUUUCUGCAAGUGUUGCAGCCCACAGACCUGGUAAGGUUGAGAGCCUGUAGCGGCCCAAGAGAGGAAAGCAAUGGCUGAGGUGGCUGAUGAGUUGGGUGGCUCUGGGCAGAUGCCUCUUCCCUCUGGGUCAUGAGAACUUGGGCAGGAUGGUCUCUGAGGUACCAUCCAGCUCUUCGAAGUCAGGGAGGGCUGGGCAACGCUGGAGACCCUGGGAAGGGGCAGCAGCCACUCUAGUCCCAUCCUUGCCUCCAACCACCUUACCUUUGCCAGCAGGAGGAAUGGCAGCAGCUGUGGCCCGGCUCCUUUUCUUCCAGCUUUUUCUAGGGCCAGCUCUUUCCCUGGACAUCAAUAUGCAGUCUGACACCGAGAACUUCCGCACCUUAUACAUCGACUAUCCCAAGGUUAAGUUCAUAAAGAGCUUCCUGGGCUACUGUAAUGGUAUGAUGGCCUAUGUGAGGGGAAGAAUAGAGCACUGGUACUGCCCAAAGAUCCAUUAUGUGAUACAUGCCCCCUGGGAUGCCAUCCAGAAGUCCUGCAAGGACAGCAAGAGCUUCUGUGAGAACUACAACAAAUACUGCACUCUGACCCAGGACUCCUUCCCUGUCACGGUCUGCAGCCUGGGCGCCAAACAGCCCCCCACAAGCUGCCGCUACAACAGCACCCUAACCAACAAACAUCUGUACCUGCUCUGCUCUGGCAGGUAUGAUGCUGAACCAAUUGGUAUCAUAGGCCUCUACUAGGGAAUCUAAUUCCCAAAUCCUCCAGCCCCCACCACUAUAGGCCAGCCUGUCUCCAUUUCUAAAACUGUGAUCCCUGUAGCGAGACUUUCUCCCUGACUUCCAAGGCAGGCGGGACUCUCUCACAAAAGGUCAGGUAGAUAGGAAGAUGUCCAGAGCUUUGAUCAAUGUGCGAAGCCCUAACUCUCAUCCAGGGUCUUUCCAACUUGUUUACCAUGCUCUCACCACCCCCACUACUACCCCUCUUCUCCUAGAGACAGUAAAACCCACCCAAGAAGCUCACUGUGUCCAGUUGGCAGUAACUGUCCUUUCACUGGGCCAGAUCCUGAAUCCUGGGACAGAGGCCCAGGGCCACAGCUCACACCAUGGCAACAGGCACCCAGCUCCUCAUCUCAUUUCCCCAUCCCCACUGCCUUGCUGCUCUCUGUCGUCUCCACUUCCCCUUAACCCUGCACUCGCUCACCUGCACAGUGAGUGUCUCUAGCUGCAGCCACCUCCUGAGACCUGCACACUCCCUGCAGCCUCACUCCCCAGCCCCCGGCCCCCGGCCCCGCUGCAGCCUGCUCCUCUCUGUGACAACAUUGAUCCUCCCUUACUGGAACUGUCCUUUCUUCCCUCCUUCUUCCACAGUGACCACUGCUGUCUUCCCCCCAAGUUUAGCUGUCCUGUCUUCCUUCCUUUUUCUACCUUCUCCAUCCAUCUUUCUUACCUUGACUCAUAUGAAUGUCAAGCUAUCUUCUAUCAUCCUGUCAUUCAUUCUCCAAAGGUUUCUGCUCCCUUUCCUUCCCGUAGCUCCUUCUAGCAUCACCCAAACUCCAGGGUCUGCCACUGACAAGGCAGAGGACAAAGGCCCAUCCCCAGUCACGCAAAGCUUUAAGUUAUUUAAGGUGUAACCACUGGGGGAAACUGUGAGGAGGGUGUACCAUAUUUCACAACUUCCUGUGAACCUAUAACCACUUCAAAAUAAAAAGUUAAAAGCAUAUCGACUGAGUUCUGAUUUAAUUCCC